UGCUAGUUAUCAAUUCCUAUCUAUCUCACCAUAAAUACUAUACUAUUUUGCAGAACUUGGUAGCAUUAAUUAAGAUUAGACUAGACGAGUGGUAGCAACAAUCUAAUUAGUGGUUAUUGAAAGUGCGUUAAGUAAACAUGGCUCCACAAUACGAUAUGAUGUGGACAUAUAUAUACAAAUAUAAGAUAACAAAAAUGGAACUACAAAGGGAGGGGACCAAGAUGUAAGUGGUGCACACAGAUCAAUGCGAAUUACACAAGAGUGGUAUGAGAUCAUUCACAUCACAUGCUGUGCCUUCACGUACAGUAGUGAGAGACAGAGAAGAAGAACGGAGAUGGCAGGGCACGAAGUUAGGUAGCCAUGGAUCACUUGCUGUGUUGUAUAUCUAUAGAGAACUUGCAUGCCGCAGUUCACAACAAACUUCACAUCAAUCCACAAUGGCUAUGAGAAAAUCAAGUAGCAGGCUUGCUUCUCAAACAACAAUGAUCAAGCAAAUGGUGAAGAGAUGCUCCAGUUUAGGAAGGAAACAACAGCAGCAAGGUGAAGACGUUCCAAAGGGUCACUUUGUUGUUUAUGUUGGUGGAGUUGGAGAGAAGAGAAGCAGGUACAUUCUUCCCAUCUCCUUCCUCAGCACACCACAGUUUCAGAUCCUCCUUCAUCAGGCAGAAGAAGAGUUUGGAUUUGAUCAUCAAAUGGGUCUCACCAUUCCUUGUCAACAACAUGUUUUUGAGUCUCUUACUUCCAUGCUCAGAUGAACCAUCUUCUACACUCUAUCAAACCAUUUUAUUUCUUUUCAUGUUAAAACACCUGCUAAUUCAAACAUGAAGCUGCUUCAUUGCUUCUCUCUCUUGAUUUUCUCCGUUGUUUAAUUUCCAUUCAUCACAUGUUAUAUAUAUUUAUAUAUUGUAAAUCUUGUAGCUAGCUAGAAAAAGCAGAGCAUUUUUUCCUGCAGAGUUGAGUGCCAGUGGCAGGAACUAAUUUCAUGUCUUGUUCAUUUCCUUGUCUAUGUUUUGAUUGAACUAUGGAUUAUACAAUCUUAAGGUAUAGUAUGAUGA